AAGGGGCGACGUUUCCGGCUGCGAGACAUGUGCGGACACCAUCGAGAGGGAAGAGUGCGGGAAGAAAAAUGGAGGCGGUGCUGAGGGUGGUGGGGAAGAAGGAGAACGUCAUCCACCUUCUCCUCUUGGGGACUUUCGCGGCGCUUGGAGUCCGCUCGUUCAAGCAGCACAAGGAGAUCGAGGCUUUGGAAGCCGAGAAGACUUCCCUCCGCUCCGCCAACACCGCCAUGUCCUCCGCCAUGUGGGCUUGGCGUGAGCACCUCUUCGGCCUCGCCGAGGCCGAUCCUUCCGCCUCCCCCAUCUCCCUUGCCCGCCUCCGCGCCAUCUACGGCGAGGCCGUCCCCGCCGCCGCUGACGACCCAGGUGCAGGAGAGGCUGCAGCAGAAGAAUCUAUCACUAUAGCCUAAUGUUGCUUUAGCUUGGCAUGAUGGUUUGGCCGUUUUAGUAAGCACGUAGCCCUGUGGAGCCUGUUCUCAUUUUCACGUAACAUGUUGAACAAGAAAAAGCUGAAGAAUGCAUACGGAGAAGUUGAUGCAAGCAACGAGUGAAAUCAGGUUGGUCUUUUAUGGAGGUGUAUUUUGGACUAGGACCUGAAGUGAAUGAUCACUUUGUUUGGUAACGCAGGAUCUAGGUACAGUGAAUGGCAUGGCCCUCUGUGGUUGGGCUAUUGAAUAUUUACUACAGUUUGCAUCCUACUAUAGAACAACUGUGUUGGACAGGAUAAUCAACGUCUUUUGAUCAUUGUUAUUGUGGUGGUACGAUUCAGUUUCAAAAUGUCUAUCACCUCAUUCAUGUCUUUUG